ACUCCUAGGUCCUCCCAUCCAACGUGAGUUCCUUCGUCCCUGUCAGACGAGCCAGCAAGAGCUGACUUCAACCAUGAAGCUGCUGAGAGUCCUCGUGCUGGUUGCCCUCCCUCUUUACUGCCUUGCAGGUUCUGGAUGCUUACUCUUAGAAGAAGCGAUUAACAAAACAAUCGAUUCUCAAGUGAGCAUAGAUGAAUACCAAAACUUCCUUCAACCUUUCACAUAUGGUCUUGAAACUAACGAAGCCAUAGCAGAGCUGAAGCAAUGUUUUCUCCAGCAGUCGGAUGAAACUCGGAGCAAUUUUGCAUUGAUGAUGGUAACUAUGGUUUCUCCUGAUGUGCUUUCAAACCAGUGGACAGGGACGAGCAGGCUCUAAGCUUGUCACUCAUUAUGCCACAUUAUUCUGACCUUAAAUCAAACACCGACUUUCAUGGAUACCAGAUGUAUGUGGACAAACCCAGGAAGCCAUAGGAGAAGACAUGUUUGUCUUUCAAGAUUUUCCUUUGUCACAGAGAGCUGAAAAUCUGA